AUGAAAUUAGCAAAAGCAUUCUAUUUUUUUGCCUUUUUAUUGGCCAUAAACGUUUUAGUCCCAGGAUCUAAUAAUUAUGUUGAAGCUAAACCAAAAUCAAAAAAAGUUGCCAAAGGUGGUAAUGGGUUUAUUAGAAAAAUUCAAAAUAACAAGGUUGCAUUUUUAUCUACAUUAGCUGCAACAAUAGCAUUAGCAAUUGGUACUACAUUUGGUGUAAUGCAUCUUCAAAAGAAAAAUGAUGGAAAACCCACAAACACCAAAGCAGUCAAAAAUACCCCAGCCAAAAAUACCCCAACCAAAACCCAAAACGCAGCACCAGCCAAAAAUACACCAACCAAAACCCAAAACGCAGCACCAGCCAAAAAUACCCCAACCAAAACCCAAAACGCAGCACCAGCCAAAAAUACCCCAGCCAAAACCCCAAGCCCAACACCAGAAACUAAUACAAUAUCACCAUCACUAUUUGAUAUACCUCCAAGAACAUACAUACCAGGAACAUACUAA